UAUAUAUAGCUGUGGCUUGAUACAACUCUUAUCUUCUACAAGCCUAUAUUUCAAAGAAUCUGCUCCGGCCAACAAUGGCGCUAAAAGUUGAAAUUCAUCAGAAAGAGAAUGUCAGGCCAUUUUCCCCAACUCCUCAUUUCCUGAGAAACUAUAAGCUCUCUCAGAUUGAUCAAGUAGAAGGAACUCAUUACACCUCCAUGUUGUUCUUCUACACCUCUGGCGCCCAUCACCAUGACUAUGAUGAGCUGAAACAAUCAUUGUCCAAGACGUUGUCCGUCUUGUACCCGCUGGCCGGAAGGGUGAAAGAUGGAAUGACAAUCGAGUGCAACGACGAGGGCGUCGAUUUUGUGCGGGCGAAUGUUACCAAUUAUGAUUUGUCUGAUUUUCUCCAGAUUUGUAAGGUUGACCAUCUCCAGCAGCUGCUUCCGUAUGAUCCUAAUCCAAUGGAUUUUGAUCCUUCCCAGCCCAUGUUAGGUGUUCAGGUGAACAAAUUCCGGUGCGGCGGAACGGCGGUGGCGAUUUGCAUUUGGCACGGCGUGGCUGAUGCUGCUGCGAUUGGUGGAUUCGUCCAGACCUGGACGGCAAUCAACCGGGGUGAAGGAGGCCGAGGUGAUCUCGUGGUGGACGGCGCCGCAAUUUUCCCGCCCACUCUAAACUUCGACUUCUCCGCCCCAACAUCCGCCGCCGUGAGAUUGAAUAAAACGAACCGAGGAAAAUUCUCAACGAAACGAUUUGUUUUCCGUAAGGAGGAGAUUGAGCGGAUGAGGGACGAGUAUAUGCUUUCAGAUCGCCGUCGUCCGACUUCGGUGGAGGCAUUGUCGGCGUUCAUAUGGGCUGCCCUGAUAAGGGCUAACCAAAACGCCAAGAUGCACAUUCUUGUACAAGUCGCGGAUUUGCGAAAGAGGCUGAAUCCGCCUUUACCAUCUAUGUGCUUAGGCAACUUCCUCUAUGUGACCGCUGCACGGUGGAUGAGGGAAAACGCCGCCGCCGACGGGGCAGGGGUUACUCCCCAAUCUCUUGUAGGGAAAAUCCGAGAAGCUAUUUUGAAAGUGACGGGCGACCAUGUGAGGAAAAUUGAAGAUCAAGGUGGGUUGACGAACGAAAUAGAAAAGAUAGCAGCUUUUGGUGUUGAUGCGAUUAAGUUUUUCGGCAUCAGUAGUUUAUGCGGCUUUCCAUUUCAUGAGUUUGAUUUUGGGUGGGGUAAGCCGGUUUGGUUUGUUGUGGCCCCAUUUAAUCUAAUGGACAGAGCUAAUUUCAACAAGACUGGCGAUGGGGGCAUAGAAGCUUUGAUUGGAUUGACACCACAAGUUAUGUCCAGGUUAGAUAAGGACAAAGAGUUUAUUGCCCGUGUAUCUUGUAUCCAAACCAUGUCAUCGGAACUGCCCACUUUACCCAGCAACUAUUAAUAUCAAUAGCAUCAAUAAUGGUUAAUAUCAAGUAAUAAUAAUGCCAAGUAUGUUAAUUAUAUCCUUCGGUAUUUGAAUGUAGCA